AUGGGUUCAAUAUUUUUACCACAUUUACACACCGGCUGGCAUGUUGACCAAGCUAUUUUAUCAGAGGAUGAUAGGUUAGUGGUUAUAAGGUUUGGAAGAGAUCAUGAGAAAGAUUGUAUGAUCGUUGAUGAAUUGUUAUUUGGUAUUGCAGAAAAAGUCAAAAACUUUGCUACUAUUUAUUUAUGUGAUAUCGAUGAAGUACCAGAUUUUAAUAAAAUGUAUGAAUUAUAUGACCCGUGUACGCUAAUGUUCUUUUGGAGGAAUAAACAUAUGUUGUGUGAUUUUGGUACGGGGAAUAAUAAUAAGUUAAAUUUCCUAAUAACUGAUAAACAAGAACUAAUUGAUAUCUUGGAAGUCAUUUAUAGAGGAGCUAAAAAAGGUAAAGGUUUAGUUAUGAGUCCCAAAGACUAUAAUUCAGUUAGAAGGAGAUGA